AGUGAGGCUAGCGUGUUGAGCUGAAGUUUCUGCGGAGUGCCGCGGCCCUAGGCUUGGCGUAUACCCGAGUGUGUGGUGGGAAUCCAGGGCCAGGGCCAAGUCAGGUCUGGGCCUUCCUUCCGGGAGAAUGGAUCAGGUGUGGAGUGCGUGGUGUGGGAAGUUCGUCAAAGAUAAAAGCUUGUCGCCCCUCUGGGCCCAGCGCAUCGUAGUCGCCUGGCUCAGUAAGGCCGAGUGGGAUCAGGUGACGGUGUAUCUGUUCUGUGAUGACCAUAAAUUGCAGCGGUACGCACUGAACCGCAUCACAGCAUGGAGGAGCAGGUUAGGCAACGAACUGCCCCUGGCAGUGGCUUCUACUGCUGACCUGGUACGCUGUAAGCUCUUGGAUGUAACUGGUGGCUUGGGCACUGAUGAACUUAGACUGCUCUAUGGCAUGGCAUUGGUCAGGUUUGUGAAUCUUAUCUCGGAGAGGAAGACAAAGUCUGUCAGGCUCCCCCUCAGGUUCCUGGCUCAGGAGGUGAACAUCCCGGAUUGGAUUGUUGAACUUCGCCAUGAGUUGACUCACAAGAAAAUGCCUCAUAUAAAUGACUGCCGUAGAGGUUGCUAUUUUGUUCUGGAUUGGCUCCAGAAGACCUACUGGUGCCGCCAACUGGAGAACAGCCUGAGAGAGACCUGGGAAUUGGAGGAGGACAAGGAAGAGACAGAUGAAGACAACCAAGAGGAAUCAAAGAACAUUGUUGAUGACAUCACAGAACAGAAACUAAAGUCUAUGGAUGAAGGGAAAGGUGCAGAGCUGGAUGUCAGGGCUGAUGGAGACAGCACAGGUGACAAAGAGAUUGAUGCACAUUGGGAGAAGGCUCAGAGACAUAAAGAGCUGUAUGAAAGAGCCCGAGAACUACUGGUAUCAUAUGAAGAGGAGCAGUUUAAGGUACUGGAGAAAUUUAGGUAUUUACCUCAGGCCGUUAAGGCGUGGAAUCAACUGCCCCCGCCUGUAGACUGUAUCCUGGCAGAACUCAAGGGCAUUACAUUCGAGAACAGGGAAGCUGUGCUGGAUGCUUUUCUAGAUGAUGGCUUUCUCAUCCCCACAUUUGAGCAGUUGGCAGCUUUGCAGAUAGAGUAUGAAGAUGGGCAGACUGAGGUCCCGAGAGGGGAAUGUACUGACCCAGAGUCACACAAAAACGUGGACUUCAGUGAUAUCCUGGUACCAAAGCCGUUCUCUCAAUUCUGGCAGCCUCUGCUCAGGGGCCUGCACUCGCAGACCUUCACUCAGGCCCUGCUAGAGAGGAUGUUCUCCGAGCUGCCAGCCUUGGGGAACAGUGGGAUCCGGCCCACCUACAUCCUCAGAUGGACGGUUGAACUGAUCGUGGCUAACACCAAGACUGGACGGAAUGCCCGCCGAUUUUCUGCAGUCCAGUGGGAAGCAAGAAAGAGCUGGAGGCUAUUCAACUGCUCUGCAACCCUUGACUGGCCCUGGGUGGUUGAGUCCUGCUUGGGUUCACCUUGCUGGGCCAGCCCCCAUCUCCUUCAGCUCAUCUUCAAAGCCAUGGGGCAGGUCCUGCCAGAUGAGGAUCAGAAGAAGCUGCUGCAUAUCUGUUCCAUUUAUACCCAGAAUGGAAAAAACAGCCUGGUGGAGGAGGGCACAGAGGCCUCCCCUAUUGGAAAGUCUGCAUACACACUGGACAGCCUGUAUUGGAGCCUCAAACCCUCUGGCCCCAACUCUAAGCCUGAAGGAGAAGCCCAGCAGCAGGAGAAGGGCAACCUUAAUGAUGUCAAGGAAGAUGAGAUGGAGGAGAGUGAGGUCUUGGAAGAUCAGGUAGAAGAGGAGGAAGAGGAAAAUGAUUACCAAGAGAAGUGGGAGGAGGAGGAGGAUGAAGAUGAUGAUGAUGAAGAUGAUGAAGAUGAGGAUGAGGAAGACAGAAUGGAGUUGUGUACUUUGGAGGAGGAGUCCCCCACUAUUGAGAAUGCCAGGCUCCUGGCCCAGAAAAGAGGAGCACUGCAGGGUUCUGCGUGGCAAGUUAGCUCGGAAGAUGUGCAGUGGGGCACCUUCCCCAUAGGCCGAAUGCCAGGUCAGACAGAGGACCCAGCAGAGCUUAUGCUGGAGAAUUACGACACCAUGUAUCUUUUGGACCAGCCUGUGCUAGAGCAGCGGCUGGAACCCCCAACAUGCAAGAUAGGCACCCUGGGCCUGAGCUGUGGCAUCGGUAGUAGCAACUGUAGCAACGGCAGCAACAACUUGGAGGGCCUUCUCUGGAGCCAAGGUCAGCUGCACAGGCUCAAAACUGGUCUGCAGCUCUUCUGAUGUCCACCCCAGUACCACCUCUGUUGGGGCAGGAGCCCACCCCUCAGUGCACCUGAUGUUCCAUCAAACAACCUGGAUGACAGUCCUUGGCAGCCACAUCAGCUCAGCGUUUACCACGUCAUUUUGAUUGUUUUUGCUUUUGUUUUUGCUCUUUUGAAAAAUAAAAAACAGGCAACUGUU